AUGGUCGUCAGUAGCGAGCCGGCCGUAGUUCCUUGUCCGAUCCCUACUGAUAAACCCGCUCCCGAUGGUUUCCCUGAUUAUCUUCCUCCGUGGAGACCUCAAGCAGAGUCGUGGUGGAUUUUGACAGCAGCACCUCUACCUUGGCAGACAAAAGCUUUACCUAAAGGUGCACUGGAUAACCACGAGAGCAUUAGGUUACAAGAUUUUCAAGCUACCUACGAGGGAGGGCCAGGCGCGAUUCAAUUAAUUCGGUAUCAUGAAUCACCUGUGGGACCCUACGAUGAGCUUAUUUACGUACCUGGGCAAAUGAGCUAUAAAUCUGGAGAUUCGUCCGUGUCAGGUCGGUCAAUCACUCGAAUAUAUGUUUCGUCAUUUGCUCCACUAACCAAUGGUCGUCGCAUUUGGAACACACCCAAGCACCUCGCACGAUUUGAAUUUAUACGCGAAGCCCCUUCCGACCCACUCUCGCCAACACUCGUAUCCGUCUACCCGUCUCUAUCGGACUCGCCCACGCCAGAGUUCAGCCCAGAUCCAUGUUCCGAGCCCGUUGGUACCUUCACGUUACUUGCCCAGAAUCCCCUUCAACCUAUCCAGCUUUCCGCGUGCGUUACUCGAUACCGAGUGCUUCAACCUCCGUUGUCCGAGCCUAUGGGGACAGAAAAGUGGAUCACAGUUGAAGUAGAAAAUGAAGGUUAUAUAAAAAUCAUGUAUCCUGAGCCUGGCCUGAUCGGAGGACGAUAUGGUGACGGAAUUGGGUGUCCGGAUAUUGAGCCAAUGAGCAUUGGGCUUUGGUGCCCCAAGGCAAGUGUCCAUCUAUUCACGCAUAUCGGCACUCCGUUAACCCAAAAUUUAGUUGGACCAAGUCUUUCCUCCCCAGAGAUCCUAGACCUCAUUUCACAUGAGCCAAAAAAGAUAAAGUAA